ACUCGUUCGUUCCUAUCCGUGGAUGUGUGCAACGAAAUGUGUGUUUUAUCAAAAAGUUGAUAAAUUCCAAUAAAUUUUCUCGUUUUUUUUAAUUACGCGUGUAAUUGCAAACUUUAUUCAUCUAUUGUUAUAGCUUUAACCAAAAUGGACUUACAAAACAUGCUCUAAGAAUCGUCUAAGAAAAUGUUAUUGUGCGCUAAGUUUCAUAAUGGCGGCCCGUCGCGUCCCCCGCGCCUCCAUUUCGAUGACAGUCAAAUUAUGACAAUGCCGAUGCGUAAAGUUUAGAAAAUGUUGUGUUGUUGUAAAUAAUCUAGUGAAAGUUAAAUAAAUCAAGAAAUCUGAGGACUAACAAUGAAUCCUGAACACCAUAGUAUGAAUACGGGUGGUGGCCAACCUCCUGGAAGUUCGGAGUCGCAGAGCCAGAGAGUUCAAUCUGCGCAGCAACAGCAGCAGGGCAAUAAUUUGCCCGCGACAACCUCUGCGACGGAUUUGCGAGUGAAUUCCGCGGCCGUGAACGUCGCUUUGUCUAGCGUCGCCAAAUACUGGGUGUUUACAAAUUUAUUUCCCGGACCUAUACCACAAGUUUCCGUGUACGGUUUGCCUACUGGCGCCAGGAUUGAAAAUGGGAAACCAGUCCAGUUGUUACAGGACCUAGGUCAACAUGCUAGCAUACUCAAUGGUGAUCCAAAUAUCAUUUUGGGGCACCAUGGAGGCCAACAGCAAGUUACAGUGUCAGCCGCUGGAGCACAACAAAUACCUGUAUCUCAAAUUAUUGCAACACAAUCAGGACAAACACAUGAAGCAUUGGUGGCUCACAACCAACAGCAGGAGCUGGCGCAGCAAGCAGCCAACGCUGCUCAGGUCACAGUUAGUGCGGGUCAACCACACCAGCAGGUACCCAAUAACCGGGUCGAGUUUGUACAACACCAUAACAUUGAUAUGGGGCAUCAUUCACAACAACACUUAAUGCAGCAGCAACUAAUGGCGGCUGCCCGUCCGGAUCACUCAAAUCAGCAGAUACAGCUGACAGUCAGCGAAGAUGGAAUUGUCACGGUGGUGGAGCCAGGAGGCGGCAAACUGGUUGACAAGGAGGAACUCCAUGAAGCCAUCAAAAUGCCCACAGACCACACCCUCACUGUGCAUCAGUUACAACAGAUCGUUGGACAGCAGGUGUUAGACAGCGUAGUCCGCAUAGAGCAGGCUACAGGAGAGCCAGCGAAUAUACUCGUGACUCACAAUCCGGACGGGACAACCUCCAUAGAAGCGAGCGCCGGCGAACAGCUCAUAGUGAAAGACGAGAAAAGCGUCGGCAAAAUCGAGACAGCGCAGUAUGCUGAAAUCAAGGACAUUAAAGGAUUAGAUUUAAAGAGUGUCAACGCAAUGGGGAUGGAGGGUGCGGUGGUGAAGAUAUCUGGAGCCAACGAGCAUGACCUUCACGCCAUGUACAAGGUCAAUGUGGAGGACCUCUCACAACUGCUAGCCUAUCACGAGGUGUUCGGGAAACUGAACGCGGACGGGCAGCCUCAGGCUAAGGUGAUAAGCGAAGUUGAAGUAGAGGCCGGAACAAGCGCUGGAAUGUCAGAAGCGGAGUCCUCGCCAGGCCAUCACGCUUGCGAUAUCUGUGGCAAGAUAUUCCAGUUCCGAUAUCAGCUGAUCGUCCAUAGACGAUAUCACGGGGAGAGUAAACCAUUUACAUGUCAAGUUUGUGGUUCCGCCUUUGCCAAUCCGGUCGAAUUAUCAAGACAUGGGAAGUGUCAUCUUGCCGGGGAUCCCACUGAGCGACACACGAAGAGGUUGACGCAGGACAAACCGUACGCCUGCACCACUUGCCACAAGACUUUCUCGCGCAAGGAGCAUCUGGAUAACCACGUGCGCAGCCACACCGGAGAAACGCCAUACAGAUGCGAAUUCUGCGCCAAGACAUUCACCCGCAAGGAGCAUAUGGUGAACCACGUCCGGAAACACACGGGCGAGACGCCGCACCGCUGCGAGAUUUGCAAGAAAAGCUUCACCAGAAAAGAACACUUUAUGAACCACGUCAUGUGGCACACAGGUGCAACUCCACACCAUUGUACAUUAUGCGGUAAGAAGUAUACUAGGAAGGAGCAUUUAGUGAACCAUAUGAGAUCGCACACAAACGAUACGGCGUUUCGAUGCGACCUGUGCGGCAAGUCGUUCACAAGAAAGGAACAUUACACCAAUCACAUAAUGUGGCAUACCGGCGAGACCCCACACCGUUGCGACUUCUGCUCGAAGACAUUCACCCGCAAGGAACACUUAUUGAACCACGUCCGUCAACAUACUGGCGAAUCUCCUCAUCGCUGCAAUUUUUGUUCUAAAUCGUUCACGCGGCGCGAGCACCUCGUGAACCACGUGCGACAACACACCGGCGAGACGCCCUUCCAGUGCGGAUACUGUCCCAAAGCGUUCACAAGGAAGGACCACCUCGGUAAGGCGCCACUCUGGCUCCCAAACUAACUAGGCGAGUCUCAU